AUGGCUUCCAGAUCAGAAGAGGAUCUCUGCUGUCCCGUCUGCCAUGAUGUCUUCAGAGAUCCUGUCCUUCUGUCAUGUAGCCACAGCUUCUGUAGAGACUGUGUGAAGAGCUGGUGGAAAGACAAAGAAGUAAAAGAGUGUCCACUUUGUAAGAGAAGAUCUUCAAAGUCACAACCACCUUGUAACCUGGUGUUGAAGAACCUGUGUGAGACCUUCUUACAGGAGAGAGAUCAGAGCUCUUCACAUGCUCUCUGCAGUCAGCACUCAGAGAAACUCAGACUCUUCUGUCUGGACCAUCAGCAGCCAGUGUGUCUCGUCUGCAGAGAUUCAGAGAAACACAGCGACCACAGAUUCAGACCCAUCGAUGAAGCUGCACAACAACACAAGAAGCAGCUUCAGGAAACUCUGGAGCCCUUGAAGAAGAAGUUACAGUGUUUUGAACGUGUUAAAGUAGAGUUUGAACUAACAGCAGAACACAUUAAGGUCCAGGCCGGACUCACAGAGACGCAGAUCAAGGAGCAGUUUAAAAAGCUUCAUCAGUUUCUGGAGGAGGAAGAGGAGGCCAGGAUGGCUGCACUGAGGGAGGAAGAGGAGCAGAAGAGUCGGAUGAUGAAGGAGAAGAUUGAGUCUCUGAGCAGAGACAUAACGGCUCUUUCAGACACAAUCAGAACCACAGAGGACGAGCUGAGAGCUGAAGACGUCUCGUUCCUGCUCAACUACAAGGCUGCAGUGGAACGAGUCCAGCAGCGCCCCCUGCUGGAUGAUCCACAGCUGGCCUCAGGAGCUCUGAUAGACAAGGCCAAACAUCUGGGCAACCUGAGCUUCAACAUCUGGAACAAGAUGAAGGACAUGGUCUCCUACAGUCCUGUGGUUCUGGACCCAAACUCUGCUCAUCCAGAACUCGUCCUGUCUGAAGAUCUGACCAGUUUGAGACGAGGAGAGAAACAGAAGCUUCCUGACAAUCCAGAGAGGUUUGAUUAUUACCUCUCAGUCCUGGGAUCUGAGGGUUUUAACUCAGGGACUCACAGCUGGGACGUCCUGGUUAGAGACAGUACUGACUGGGCAAUGGGUGUGUCAGCAGAGCCUCUCCAGAGGAAGGGAGACAAACUGUCUGGAACAUGGGGAAUAUGGUUCCAUGAAGGUAAAUACUCAGCAUCGUCACCAUCAGGAUUAUCUGUUCUCUCUGUGCAGAAGAUCCAGAGGAUCAGAGUGAAACUGGACUGGAACAGAGGAGAACUGUCGUUCUCUGAUCUUGAUACUAACAAACACAUUCACACCUUCACACACACUUUCACUCAGAAGAUGUUUCCAUACUUUAACACUGGAGAUCACUUGAAGCUGUUACCUGUGAAUGUCUCUGUGAUGCUGGAUCAGAUGGCUUCCAGAUCAGAAGAGGAUCUCUGCUGUGCCGUCUGCCAUGAUGUCUUCAGAGAUCCUGUCAUUCUGUCAUGUAGCCACAGCUUCUGUGAAGACUGUGUGAAGAGCUGGUGGAAAGACAAAGAAGUAAAAGAGUGUCCACUUUGUAAGAGAAGAUCUUCAAAGUCAGAACCACCUUGUAACCUGGCGUUAAAGAACCUGUGUGAGACCUUCUUACAGGAGAGAGAUCAGAGCUCUUCACAUGCUCUCUGCAGUCAGCACUCAGAGAAACUCAGACUCUUCUGUCUGGACCAUCAGCAGCCAGUGUGUCUCGUCUGCAGAGAUUCAGAGAAACACAGCGACCACAGAUUCAGACCCAUCGAUGAAGCUGCACAACAACACAAGAAGCAGCUUCAGGAAACUCUGGAGCCCUUGAAGAAGAAGUUACAGUGUUUUGAACGUGUUAAAGUAAAGUUUGAACAAACAGCAGAACACAUUAAGGUCCAGGCCGGACUCACAGAGACGCAGAUCAAGGAGCAGUUUAAAAAGCUUCAUCAGUUUCUGGAGGAGGAAGAGGAGGCCAGGAUGGCUGCACUGAGGGAGGAAGAGGAGCAGAAGAGUCGGAUGAUGAAGGAGAAGAUUGAGUCUCUGAGCAGAGACAUAACGGCUCUUUCAGACACAAUCAGAACCACAGAGGACGAGCUGAGAGCUGAAGACGUCUCGUUCCUGCUCAACUACAAGGCUGCAGUGGAACGAGUCCAGCAGCGCCCCCUGCUGGAUGAUCCACAGCUGGCCUCAGGAGCUCUGAUAGACGAGGCCAAACAUCUGGGCAACCUGAGCUUCAACAUCUGGAACAAGAUGAAGGACAUGGUCUCCUACAGUCCUGUGGUUCUGGACCCAAACUCUGCUCAUCCAGAACUCGUCCUGUCUGAAGAUCUGACCAGUUUGAGACGAGGAGAGAAACAGAAGCUUCCUGACAAUCCAGAGAGGUUUGAUUAUUACCUCUCAGUCCUGGGAUCUGAGGGUUUUAACUCAGGGACUCACAGCUGGGACGUCCUGGUUAGAGACAGUACUGACUGGGCAAUGGGUGUGUCAGAAGAGUCUGUCCAGAGGAAGGGAAACAAACUGUCUGGAACAUGGAUAUGGUUCGAUGAAGGUAAAUACUCAGCAUCGUCACCAUCAGCAUCAUCUGAUCUCUCUGUGCAGAAGAUCCAGAGGAUCAGAGUGAAACUGGACUGGAACAGAGGAGAACUGUCGUUCUCUGAUCUUGAUACUAACAAACACAUUCACACCUUCACACACACUUUCACUCAGAAGAUGUUUCCAUACUUUAACACUGGAGAUCACUUGAAGCUGUUACCUGUGAAUGUCUCUGUGAUGCUGGAUCAG